AUGGCCUCCGCACGCUCCUUGAUGCGCCUGGGUUCUGGACGCUCCGUGGCACCUGCCACGAGGUCCAUGGCCGCCCGCACCUUUUCCUCAGCCUCCCUGCAGUAUGCUCCUAAGGCUUCGACAACACCGGGACCGGAACCUGAAAACAUGCGCCAGGCGCAGCGCCCGCCCCAGGGCCCCCUGCGUGCGCCCGUCGUCAACCCUACCGACAAGUACCAGCCCAUGGCCGAUGGCCUGCACAAGUACGGACAAUACAUCAUGUCCUGCUUGCCCAAAUACAUCCAGCAAUUCACCGUCUGGAAGGACGAGCUCACCGUCUACACUGCCCCCGCCGGUGUCGUCCCCGUGAUGAGCUUCCUGAAGAACCACACCUCCGCCGAGUUCACCCAGAUCUCCGAUAUCACCGCUGUCGACUUCCCAACCCGUGACCAGCGCUUCGAGGUCGUCUACAACCUACUGAGUGUCCGUUACAACUCUCGUAUCCGCGUCAAGACCUACGCCGACGAGGCCACCCCCGUGCCCAGUGUCACUGGUCUGUUCGAGGGUGCUUUGUGGUACGAGCGUGAAGUGUACGACAUGUUCGGUGUCUUCUUCAGCGGCCACCCCGAUUUGCGCCGUAUCAUGACCGACUACGGUUUCGACGGUCACCCUCUGCGCAAGGACUUCCCCUUGACCGGUUAUACUGAGCUGCGCUACGACGAGGAGAAGAAGCGUAUCGUUAUUGAGCCCCUUGAGCUCACCCAGGCCUUCCGUAACUUUGAGAGCGGCUCUACCGCCUGGGAGCCCGUUGGUGCUGGCCAGAACCGCACUCCCGAGUCUUUCAAGCUCCCCACUCCCAAGCCCGAGGAGAAGGAAGAAGAAAAGAAAUAG